AUGUCGUUCUCCGGCUUGCGUAAGCAAUUCAACAAGGCCAAUCAGUACCUAUCGGAAACGAUGGGUGCUGCGGAGCCAACAAAACUCGACGAUGUAUUCAAUGAUAUGGAGAAAAACAUUGAUACAACAUACAAUUUGGUCACGGAUCUCGUCGCUGGUACCAACGAAUAUCUUCAACCAAAUCCUGCUACUCGUGCAAAAAUGGCCACUCAAGUUGCUCUUUCGAAAGUGCGCGGAACCACAAAGACGUCCCCAUAUCCGCAAACGGAGGGAAUGCUUGCUGACGUCAUGCAAAAGUAUGGGCAACAAUUGGGCGAAAAUAGCGAUUUGGGAAAGGCAUUGAACGAUGCGGCGGAAGGAUACCGACAGAUGGCUGACAUCAAGUAUCAAAUGGAGGAUAAUGUCAAACAGAAUUUUCUGGACCCUUUGAUGCAUUUGCAGAAUAAUGAGUUGAAGGAUGUGAACCACCAUCGUACAAAACUGAAGGGUCGCCGACUUGACUACGACUGUAAGAAACGUCAACAACGACGAGACGAUGAAAUGAUUCAGGCCGAAGAAAAACUGGAAGAAUCGAAACGUCUCGCCGAAAUGUCAAUGUUCAAUGUGCUCAGCAAUGAUGUCGAACAAAUCUCCCAACUACGUGCACUCAUCGAAGCGCAACUCGAUUUUCAUCGACAGACUGCACAAUGUCUUGAAAAUCUGCAACAACAACUCGGUCACCGUAUCAAAGAUGCUGGUUCACGGCCCAGAGAGGAGCACGUGCCGUUGCCAGUGCUGGGAAAUGAGAGUAGAACUCCAAGAUCGAGAUCUCCUGCUCCAUCAGAGAUGACUCACAAUUCAGUUCCAUCAUCCGUCGCUCAAAACGGAGGAGGAAUGCCUCAGGCGCCACCAGCCUAUCAGGGACCACCACCCGGCGGACUACCACCUCCACUGUCCCAACAACAGAAGCCACAAUGCAGAGCGCUGUUCGAUUUCGAUGCCCAAAGUGAAGGAGAAUUGGAUUUCAAAGAAGGCACACUCAUUGAGUUGGUCUCCCAAAUCGACGAGAAUUGGUAUGAAGGACGUUUCAAUGGAAAAACUGGACUGUUUCCUGUCACAUAUGUGCAGGUGUUGGUGCCUCUUAAAUAA